AAUAAAUAAUAUUUUUCCUAAGUCUGUUAUUUGGUGUUUUAGUUGGAAAUGGUCCACGCCGGAAAGAGUUAUCUCUCUCAAUUGUGUUGCCUCCGUCGUUUCCUGCGAUCGUUACAGAUUGACGGAUUAUAAAGGGACUCUCUUUCUCCUUGCUUUGACGAAUCCAUUCGAAGAUCACUGAUGGGAAAUGAAGAUAGCAGUGAAGAGGUUUGUUCUUCUUCUGGGGAUAUGGUGACGAAUCUGAAGGCGUCCAUAAGAGAAUUGAGUGGGAAAGUGAGGGAACAGAAUCAGAGAAAAUGUGAUGUUAGGGACAAGCUGCAGCAGUUGCGAGAAAGAAUAAACGCUGAAGGUGUUGAUGUUUCAGUCCAGGAGGAGUUGAUACCUCUUUUGAGAUCACUCAAGGAAUUAGAGAAACAUGAAUCUGAAGUCCGGUCUAAAUGCGAUGCUAAGCGUUCUGCGUUAGAAGAUGCAGUUUGUGAUUUGGAGGAGAGAGUCGCCAAGGGUGAGAUUCCUGAGGAAGAUUUAGAUGUUUUGUUGGCUGAAUCACUGGAUCAUCUGACUUCAGCAAAGAAGGAGCUUGCUGCAACGCUAAGAGACAUAGUAUCUCUGAAGCGACAGAUUGAUGAUGUACCAUGCCAAUCUGAACUCCUCCAGUAUGAAAGAAGAUUCUCAGAGCUUAAUGUUUGUAUCCAGGAGAAGCUUCAACAAACUAGGAAGCUCUAUGGGACAUACAAUGCUCUUUUAGAAAUAAAAGACUUGAUGCUAAAGGAGAUAUCAUUACUUAAUUCAAUAGGUUCGCAGUUUCAAGACGUGAUUGGUACUCCUGGUGGCCGUGUGAAGUUAAUUGAUUCAAUGGAAGGAGUCAUGAAAGGGAUCCAACAGAAGCUAGGAAAGGUACAACUUGGUCUUCAAGAAGAGCAGAGACGCUGUGAUGCUUCAACAGAAAAGUAUACCGCUGCAGCUGCAGAGCAAAGAAAAUGCUAUACUGUACUAAGAGCCUUCCAGGAAGAAUGCACUAGAAAUGACAGGCUGAGGAGUCAAUUAUCUGCUAUAAGCAACACCACUGGCUCGAAACAAGGGAUGUAAUAAGCCCCAAACGUACGAAUCGGUGUCACUGUCGUAAUCCAUGAGUCUGUAGCCGAUAGAGUAAAGCCUGUCGUAUUCAACCUUAAAUGAACAGGCGUACGAACGCUCGGCAAAUGAAACAUAUGACGAUCAAGACGAAGAAGGCUGGCCAAACUAGCCGCUGGAUGGCGUAGGAGGUUGCACCGAAAGCCCCAACGAAGAGAGAGACCACGUAUGGGACGAAGAGAGACACAUAGGGUAAUCUACAUAGGCAAGACAAGCAACCAUUAGAAAUAUAAUAACAGGAUGAGGAGUACUCGAUUCUCCUUCCAUCUUUGUUGGUUUGAUAUUUAGAGUUCUUGAAUUCUCUCUGGUGUGUUAGUUUGAAUGGUUUACGUGAGGGGUUAUAAUGCUCCCCUAUUUAUAUGAACAUGAUUUAAGGAAAUCAAAAAACUUUAUAUGUAUGUUAUCAUGUUUCCUUUUUCUC